AUGUCAGGUGAACUUUUAGUGUCAAGACCAUUUGUUGACACGCGGGCUGUAUCCCAUGAUCUGCCUCCCAGAUCCCAAGAGUCGAUUAUCAAAGAGAACAUGUUUCCGUCCUCUGGUUUGGCUACGGUAGGCUACCGGACCGCCAAGUAUACGCCUGAUGAGUGGGGAGCCAAAAACAACUCCACUUUCGCCCAGGCGACAGGCGAUCGGGACAACGCGGAGAGGAUCCGAUAUGAGUCAAAAUCUCUUCACAAGGAGACGGAGACGAGGACGCUUCGGUCCCAGGCGGAGGGGACGCGGUACUUGGGAGAACGGCUGCAGGAAAUUAACUUCUGGCAGUCGGAACUGCACCGGCACAUCGAGGAGCUAACCAGGGAGAUAGAGAUGCUGUUGGGGCAAAAGCGCCGACUGGAAAAGGCGCUGGAAGCCACCGAGAUCCCUUACGCCAUUGCGACGGACAACCUCACCUGCCGGGAGCGCCGACUCGGACCAGACUUGGUCAAAGACGAAGUGGAGGAACAGCUACUGAGAGAAGUGGAGCUGAUCCGGAGUGUCCAAGCACUUCUGAAAAAAACUUUAAACCAAACCGUCAAUCAAAUAAGGGCUGACAGAGAGGUGAAGCAGACUCUAGAGCAGGACUGGUGUGAUAAGUCUCAGGCCUACAGCAUGGACGUCCAGUGCGGACGCUACAGCAACCAGAGCAUGGACAUCCAGAACCACCCCAGCUCUCUGCAGCUCCAGGAGCACGUCUCCAUGCGUGACUCGUGGGUGCGGUUCUCUGAGGAGAACGUGUCGCUGGCGCGGCGGGAGGAGCAGGCCUCAGUGGAGCUGCGGCGGCUGGUGGAGGGCAUGCUGGGAGACGUGGCGGAGGACCUGCGGGCGCAGUGCGCGGCGGUGGAGCAGGCCUUCACGCUGCGCUGCCAGCAGCUGGGAGAGGCCCGGGCCCGGCUGGAGCAGCACCUGGCCCAGAUCCUGGAGGAGACGGGGGCCCAGGAGCGUAGCAUCCGGAUGCUGAGGCAGGCCCUGCACGAUAAGGAGGCCCCCAUGAGGGUGGCGGAGUCCCGCCUGUACACCCGCGCCCAGAGGCCCAACGUGGAGCUGUGCCGGGACGCUCCCCAGAUGAGGCUGGUGGGGGAGGUGGGGGAGAUCUUCAGCAGCAUGCAGGCCCUGCAGGACCAGCUCUCGGCGGCUCGGGGCUCCCUGAGGGAGCUGGAGGACACGCGCAUGGCCCUGGAGAAGGACCUCAGCUGCAAGAAGCACAGCCUGAUGAUCGACGAGCAGAAGUGCAUGUCCCUGCGCACACGCUACCCCACCGUGCUCGCUCUGUCCGGGUACUGAGGGCUCUGUUACCCCACACCUGCCCCCACCAUCACUCUGUCCCCAUACUGAGGGCUCUGUUACCCCAAACCUGCCCCCACCAUCACUCUGUCCCCAUACUGAGGGCUCUGUUACCCCAAACCUGCCCCCACCAUCACUCUGUCCCCAUACUGAGGGCUCUGUUACCCCAAACCUGCCCCCACUAUCACUCUGUCCCUAUACUGAGGGCUCUGUUACCCCAAACCUGCCCCGGUUACCCCAUACUGAGGGCUCUGUUACCCCAAACCUGCCCUGGUUACCCCAUACUGAGGGCUCUGUUACCCCAAACCUGCCCUGGUUACCCCAUACUGAGGGCUCUGUUACCCCAAACCUGCCCUACCUUCUCUGCAAACUGAUUACUGUUGAAAACUGUUGAAAAAAAAAGAACAUCUGAAAAUAGUGUGUGUGUGUGUGUGUGUGUGUGUCCCUAUGUCUGUUGAGGGCAUUGUCUGUUGAUUGUUUUUUCCGCAGCACUGCUGAAAUCGCAUUCUCUAUACUCCUUGCCCUGCUCUUUCCAUUUGCCCUUUCGGUUUUGUGCGGUUUGAAGUGUAAACGGUGUGGCCUCGGAUAAACUAGGCCGGACUUAAAACGGAAUAAAUCCCAGCAGCUCGCUUUGAAAAUGU